ACUUUUUGUGUUCUUAAAUAAUUUUCGAGUAACUUUAGUGUAGAAACUUUGAACGCAGUGUUACACAUUCUAUCAUUAGUGGUCUGUAGUUUGUUCACUCGUUCACUAUUUUUAUGUUCUAUGCAUUUGACGGUUAGAAUUAGAAAUGUAAAACAUUCAAAUAAAUGUCAAAGUCAAACAAAAUUGUAACAGGAGGAAUCAAACUUUCAAUUAUAAAUUGAAUGCCAAUGUAAUGUAAUGGAUUCGUUUUAUGAUGCUCCUAGACGGGCACCAAUGCCUACACAGGUUGAAAAGUUUGUACCAACUCCUGUUGUACCCGAGGUUUCCAUCGUUUGUUCAUCAAAAGCUGCUGCAAAUAAAUAUUCAUCGUACAGUGCAUGGAAAACGCAACAAAAUAGGACUGAAACUGCUUACAUUUCAACGGUGAACAGAGAAAAUAUGAUAAAGUUAUCCACUUCAGGUCAGAAUCAGAACCUAAACUGUCAGAAUACUUCUCAGUUGUUAAAGAAGCAGGUACGAUUUGAGAGCCCUGUACUACAACAAAGGCCAUCCUUAACGUAUGAACCAUUUAACGCAAGGAAAAAUGUAACGGAGAAUUGUCCAAAAUUACCGGUAAUUGUUAAUAAAAUUCCUACAAAUGUCCAGCGGAAUAAUGGAACAACAUUCGAACAAAUAUAUUUGGCCAAUGUUCCUAACAGAAACUUAGAUUUAAGUUUGAUCGAUUUGCCAGUAAAAUCUGAUAAAAAAAAUGGAAAUGUCACAGAAAGUGAAGAUCAUAUAAAACAGAUUGAUUCUUGCGAGACAGAUUUAAAAAAAAGUGGUGGGGAAAAUAAUAUUGAAAAUAAAGAAAAUAUGUUGCCGAAAUCUUACAGAGAUUUUCUGGAAACCCAGAACAAAAUCGUUAAAGAAAAUAAAGAAAAUUUAAAUGAUUCUAUAACAGAUAUUUUUAAUUACAAAAGGAAAUUAUUUAACACAGAAAACGGUUUUGUCAACAAAAAUUCUGAAAAUUGUGUAACUGGAUUGAAUAUGACGAAAUUUUCUAAAAUAGAUUGUGCUAAGUCCUCCAAUGUAAGUAUAAGUGAAAAUUUGAAGUGCAAUAAUGGUAGUGAGUUGAGAAACCGUUUGGAAAAACCACAAUCACCGUUACGAUUUUAUGAUAACAAUCGAUAUUCCGAUUUUAAGCAACAAGGCUUUCAAGAUUACGUGAGAAAUUCUCCAAAAUGUGAUAGGGUCACUCAAAUUAGUGCUUACAGAUCUUCAGAUAAUCAUAAGACGGAUAUAACACAGCUAGAGGUGCCAAAAAAUGAUUCCGAGCCCACCAACAGAGAUCUGUUAAAAAUUAUAGCUCAGCAGAACGAACAGCUCCUAAUUUUACAGAGACAGGUCGCUAUGUUGUUAAAUAGGAAUGAACAGCAUCACCCUAAGCAAAUUGAAGCAGCCUCACGACCAUGCCAAGAAAAGUAUUUAGGAGAAAAAUGCAUUACAAGCACUCAAAAUGAAAUUUUUAGAAGUCCUGCUCGAGAUGCUAAUAGCACUCCUAGAAAACAACGUGCUUUGUCAAAGUUUUCCAUAGAUCUCAUGACCAGUUUCGAGGUGGCCAUUAGGCCACAGCACAACAAGCAGAACUUUAUUAAUCAGGAGCCAAAGAUUCAGGAAAUUACCGAAUCAGAGAGCGAAGUCCGAGAUAAUACCAUCGACAAGUACGAUAAAACUAUUGUGGACACCUCUCUACAUCUGCAAGAGCCUGUUAAGGUCAGGGAAAUUUGUCCAAGUCCGGAACCGAGCAUAAAUAUUAAUAUGAAUGACUACGACAGUUCUGAUGACGAUGAAGUUUCGGCUUCGGAAAUCGGAGCUACUUUUUACAGGAAUUUAAUGGGUCAAGUGAACGAUAUUUUGAGAAAAGCUCAGGUUCACGCAAAGCAAGACUACAGAGAAGGCCAAAAUUGUAUGGACAAAUUAAAAAAUCAGACAAUGAAUAGGGUAAGGGCGGCAACUUUGAAACAUUUGAAAAAUAUUGGGGUUACUAUUGGCCCGAUUGAGGAAUUAUGUGAGGAAGUAAGUUCUAGUACCGAGGGAAAGGAGUACACUCCAACAGAGAUAAGUUUCGCCGUGAAACAACUCCUCUUGAAAUAUUUACCAGAUGAACAUUUGGCGAAAAUUACCUACAAACAGGCUCAAUCCGUGCCCUUUAAUAAAACUACGAAACCAAUCUUUAUUCCUAAUAAGCCUGAAUUUUCCUUUGCUAGUGUUGAAUAUAUGAGGAAAUACAAUCUAAUUUCUAAUAACAAAGACAUGAAAUCAAAGGAUACGGUACAAGUCCCUAAAACCUCAAAUCCACAAAAACCAGAAGGGCCAAAGAUACUUGACAUUACUGCUUUAAAAAUGCAGCCAAAAUUAUUAUGAAAAUACAAAUAAAUGCAAUAGAACACUAAUAUAAUGUAAGUUAAGUACUUCAAUGUUAAUUAAUUAGUUUUUACCUUUAUUGUUGACAAUAAAGCCUUUUCGUUACAGGUAAACACUAAUCCAUUUUUUAUUAAUCAAUUAAUAAAAUAAUGAACUUUUUUAUGUCUUAACAUAUUCUAGUUUAAAUAAAUUUACAGCCUG